AUGGAACAUCUGAAAUUGAAUCGGCGAUCUUCCGUAGAAAACGCUGAAAACGCUGCUAAAGAAGAUGAUGAACCAACAGCAGUAUCAGAGCUUCGAAAAUGGCUUCAAAUGAUGGGUGAAAAGCUUUCCGUAAUGGAAAAUAAAUUUACGAAAGCUACACUUGCCCGCAAAGAACUGGAUCGUUUGGCUGCCGACCAACAG